AUGAAAACAUCGCCAAGACACAGCGUGGAACCAGAGAUAUCUGAGGAGAUGGAGGAUGCAACAAUGACCAAAACAAAUUUAAAAGGGGAUUGGAUAAACUUUUUUUUGUUACUAUUACUGUACACAAUGCAAGGUUUGCCGUUAGGUAUAGCCGGGUCUAUGUCAUUACUAUUGCAAAGCAAGAAUAAUGUGACGUAUAAAGAUCAGGCAUUAUACAGUAUAUCAAAAUGGCCAUUUAGCUUGAAACUCUUAUGGGCACCGUUAGUAGACGCACUCUAUGUACAAAAAUUUGGAAGACGAAAGUCUUGGCUAAUACCCGUUCAAUAUUUAAUCGGAGCGAUUUUAAUUUAUACGGCCAGUGAUAUCGAGAACUUGCUACCCGAAACUGGAAGACCAGACAUCACGAUGCUGGCGUACAUUUUCUUCAUGAUAAACUUUUUAGCCGCCACCCAGGAUAUAGCAGUGGACGGUUGGGCUCUUACAAUGCUGAAAAAGAAUAACGUAGGCUAUGCGUCCACUUGCAAUGCAUCGGGACAAACAUUAGGCUCUAUGGUGGGUUCCAUGGUACUCAUACUGUUUACGUCUGAAGAUUUUUGUAAUAAAUACUUACGAAGUGUACCUGACGUGGGAGGCAUAGUUUCUGUGAAAAACUUAUUAUACUGCUGGGGCAUAAUAUUUAUAUUGCUCACAACCUUAAUUGGCGUAUUCAAAAAAGAAAAAAAUAAUACAUUUGAAGAUGAUCAAGAGAAAGUCAAUGUGGUUCAAAACUAUUUACUAUUAUGGGACAUAUUAAAGUUACCUAGUGUUCGAAUACUGGCGAUAAUAUUGAUAACUUCAAAGAUUGGAUAUGCUGCAACUGGCAAUGUGUCUAUCUUAAAACUUAUUGACGCAGGUAUAUCAAAAGAAGACAUAUCGAUAAUAGAUUCAGUGAUGUCUGGAGUAAACUUUAUUCUACCAUUCAUUAUAGGAAAAUACACUUCAGGUCCAAAACCGAUGAGCGUAUACUUGAAAGUUAUACCCAUCAGAUUACUUUUGAACAUUGGCUUUGUUAUGCAAAUUUAUUAUACGCCCAAAUUGAUAACGCUUGAUGGAGAAAAUACCUCAGUAUAUUACUAUCCACUUCUCGUAUGUCUGUUAUCAAUAGAUCAAAUUUUAUCUCACACAAUGUUUAUAGCUGUAAUAGCUUUUUUUGCUCGGAUAAGUGAUCCUCGUUUUGGUUGUACAUACAUGACGUUAUUGAAUACUCUUGCAAAUUUAGGAUACAUGUGGACGUCUACCGUUGCGCUUGGAAUGAUUGACGUGUUGACGUUCGAAGAAUGUUCAUUGGAUUCUAAAAAUAAUUGUUCUACACUAGAACUUCGAGAUAUGUGUAAAGCAGAUAAAGGUGAUUGUAUCAUAACAGUGAAUGGUUAUUACAUAGAAAUGCUUUUAUGCACCAUCAUUGGAAUAAUUUGGUAUAUUGCUGUUAGAAAUCCACUCAAAGUAUUUCAAACUAAGAAUCCUUCUCAUUGGCUGGUUAAAGUGAAGAGAACAGAGACGGGGGAUGUGUAA